UUGUCUACUUUAAACCGAUUGCGCGGCCGUGAGUUGUCGCGCAUCUCUCCCUUCUCCGCAUCAAUUUCCCUCCUGAAACCCUAGUGUUUGGAGCGAGCCUUACCAUACAAGGGAAAUUGCUCGUAUCUGGGCGCGCAGGACAAGAGUCAAUUUGACCGUCGCACUGACACUGUCGCGCUGCUAAUUUCUCCAAUCGCGCAUCUGUCCCAGGGUGUUGAUACUGACAGUUAACUGCAGGAGAACCCUAUGGGGAGGAAGACAGUCACUCCCCAAUUAUGAAUCCUCACCAUCUAGACGCUCGAUCCCCGUCCCCGGGGCGCCCGUUACAUACUUAUCAGCUUUCGGAUAAUCCGUAUAUGCCCCAAGAGCACUUGGAGAUGCCCUCCAGCGAUCGGCUAGCAGAACAACCAACCUAUUCGGUCGAACGUCUCCCCAACUCUUACGGUCACAAUGAACUCUACGAGGAGCACCAACCCCAUCCCUACCCCGGAUACGAAUACUCCGUGGACCCUGAAGCGCAUCACGAUGCAUACUAUACACAGCCCUACCAACCUGCUGUAACCCCGCACGAAGACUACGAUCUGGGGCAAUAUCCUGAGCAUCAGCAGUCGUAUACCGACGAUCGUGUCCCGAUCCUGCAGGCUGAUAAUCCCUUUGGGCCGGAUCCUUAUGCCGACGAAUAUGAAGAUGAACCUACGAUCGCCCCUACACCGAGUCCGGCGCCGGUCCGCCGAUGGAAGACUGUCAAGGAAGUACAGCUCUUCAAUGGUAACCUCGUGCUGGACUGCCCAAUUGCCCCAACGCUGCUCAGUCAGGUUCCGCACGCCGAGCCUCCGGGUCGAGAUGAGUUCACACACAUGCGUUACUCUGCAGCCACAUGCGAUCCGGCCGAUUUCUUCGAGGAGCGGUUCACACUACGUCAAAAGCUUUUUGCCAAACCUCGGCACACGGAGCUUUUCAUUGCAGUCACAAUGUACAACGAGGACGACUUCCUCUUCGCCCGAACAAUGAUUGGUGUAUUUAAAAACAUCGAAUACAUGUGCUCAAGGACGUCGAGUAAGACCUGGGGCAAAGACGCUUGGAAGAAGAUCGUAGUCUGCGUCAUCAGCGACGGUCGUGCGAAGAUCAACCCGCGAACGCGCGCUGUUCUGGCUGGUCUGGGUUGCUACCAGGAUGGAAUCGCCAAACAACAGGUCAACGGCAAGGAUGUCACGGCACACAUCUAUGAAUACACCACCCAGGUGGGCCUUGAAUUGAAGGGAACCCAGGUUCACCUCAAGCCUCGCAAUGGAGUGCCCGUGCAGAUGAUCUUCUGUCUGAAGGAAAAGAACCAGAAAAAGAUUAACUCACACCGUUGGUUCUUCCAGGCGUUUGGUCGGGUGCUGGAUCCCAACAUCUGCGUCCUUUUGGAUGCGGGUACUCGGCCCGGAAAGGAUUCAAUCUACCACCUUUGGAAGUCUUUCGAUGUUGACCCGAUGUGUGGAGGUGCUUGCGGCGAGAUCAAGGUCAUGUUGUCACAUGGAAAGAAGCUUCUCAAUCCCCUCGUCGCUGGACAGAACUUCGAGUAUAAACUUAGCAACAUCUUGGACAAGCCGCUGGAAUCGGCAUUCGGGUUCAUUUCGGUGCUUCCGGGUGCUUUCUCUGCCUACCGUUAUGUUGCACUGCAGAAUGACAAAAAUGGACAAGGUCCGCUUGAGCGGUAUUUCCUGGGUGAAAAGAUGCACGGUGCCAACGCCGGCAUCUUCACGGCGAAUAUGUACCUAGCGGAGGACCGAAUUCUUUGCUUCGAAAUCGUGUCCAAGCGCAACUGCCGCUGGCUGCUUCGGUACGUCAAAUCAUCCACUGGCGAGACCGAUGUUCCAGACCGGAUGGCCGAGUUUAUUCUUCAACGUCGUCGUUGGCUCAACGGCAGUUUCUUCGCUGCGGUUUACGCUAUUGCCCAUUUCUAUCAGAUUUGGCGAAGCGACCAUAGCUUCAUGCGCAAGUUCAUGCUCUUCAUCGAGUUCAUCUACCAGACCAUCAACAUGCUGUUUGCUUGGUUUGGCAUUGGCAACUUCUUUUUGGUUUUCCACAUUCUUACGGCAUACCUGGGCGAUAGUUCCCUGCUGGGAACGGUUGGUAAAGUGCUUGGAGUCGUGUUCGAAUGGCUUUACCUUGCGACCUUGGUUACUUGCUUCGUUUUGGCGCUCGGAAACCGACCCGGCGGGUCCAACAAGUUCUAUAUGACGAUGGUCUAUUUCUGGAUCGGAAUCAUGAUCUACCUGGCCUUCGCUGCGGUAUUCGUGACGGUGAAGUCGAUCCAAACGCAGGUGGAGAAAGAUGGGUUCACAUUCUCGGACUUGUUCACCAACUACCAGUUCUUCUCCAUCAUCGUGUCUCUCGGAUCUACCUACGUUAUGUGGUUUCUUGCAUCGUUCCUCUUCCUGGACCCCUGGCACAUGUUCACCUCUUUUAUCCAAUACCUUCUGCUCACACCGACCUACAUCAAUGUGCUGAACAUCUACGCCUUCUGUAAUACGCACGACAUCACAUGGGGUACCAAAGGUGACGACAAGGCCGAGAAGCUGCCCUCGGCCAACUUGAAGCCCGGCGGCAAGGUGGAUGUCAACAUUCCGCAGGAUGAUGGAGAUCUGAACGCACAGUAUGAGGCGGAGCUGGCCAAAUUCGCGACGAAGCCCCCGAAGGAGGAGAACAAUGUCUCUGAGGAAGACCGCCAAGCCGACUAUUAUAAGGGAUUUCGCAGUGCGGUCGUCCUCGUGUGGGUGUUCUGCAACUUUGCCCUGGCCGCUGUGGUGCUCAGCGCGGCCGGUCUGGAGGAAUUCAGCAGUGACAAUGACUCGACCGAGAACACUCGCGCCACGAUUUACAUGGCCGUGGUGCUAUGGAGUGUUGCGGGUCUGUCACUUUUCAAGUUUAUGGGAGCGAUGUGGUUCUUGACUGUGCGAAUGUUCCGCGGCGUUUAAUUCAUUGGUGUUUUGCAUGCCCGUGUUUUACGGGUGAGGGAUGGACAGUAUACCGCUGCAGGCUCGGUAUGGUA